AAAGUACGUUGACGGACUCGCAGCGUCUGAAUACCCUUCAACUCUCUCAAUAUGGUUAAAUGGUGGGAACUCACGACCGGUCUCUCAUUCAACAAUGACAGAGGAAACGCGAUGCUCAGCGCAAAGCUACCUGAUUAUGACGACAUCUAUUAGAAUGCGAGUAUUUCUCUCAAUGAUUAUGUAGGGGUGGACUACGGCCUUCUUCAGUGGGGUGGCCGCGGGAUCAGAUUCUUGGAAGAUAUCAAGGAUCUUGAGUUUCAUGCAAAAGGCCAACCCUACUUCUCUUGCAUGGUCAAGGGUAUGCACAGUGGCUGGGUGCCGACCUGGUUUGAGCUCACUGAUCACAAUGUCUUUAAUGAACAACAGAACCUUCUGCAUUGACACUCAAACAUUCAAUUCCACAACGGUUUUGUUCAAAUUAAAGGGUCACAAGAUCACGCCCAUUGUGAUCCCGUUCAUCAACAGCAAUAAGUGGAUCUUUUCCUCAUCCAUCUACAGAGACACCCCUGGUCAUUAUGAACUCUAUAAGGAUUUGCCAUCGUUCAAGUGUUGGAACGCUAAGAUAACCUGGGCAGGCAAUCAUCCUAACCCUCAUCUGAAAGACUUCUUCGGCGCGGUGGGAGAGAACUGGUUUGACCUGAAAUCUCAGGAGGGUGGCCGUGAAGCAAUUGUCGUCGAGGGAUUCUGGCACGGCCACAACACAGACAAAAAGGGCCAAUUCCUAUACAAUAUCGUCGGCAACGGGCGGUGGGCAGAUGACCUCGGUCUCAGCAGUCUUGCCGAGAGGCGAAAAUAUGCCAUUUUGGGAGAUUUGGAACUCCAUGAAGAAGAUCAAUACCGGGAGAAACUGAACAAGGAGCCCUUGACUCCUCGGGCCCAGAAAUUUAUGUUCGAGUAAAAGCUUGAUCAGUAUCGUACUGGCAGCAAAAAGUCCAAGGAGAACGGCGAAAUUGACACAGCUGGGAUGGAGAGAUUUUGGGGAGGAUUUGGGGGAGGACGCGGGGGAU